GUCCACAGAAUCGGAAGAUCCGGUAGAGCCAACACCACUGGUACCGCUGUUUCCUUCUUCACUGACGCCAACCCCAAGAUGGGUGGUGACUUGUGCAAGAUUAUGAGAGAGGCCAAGCAGGAAAUUCCACCUGAGUUGCAAACCUCUUUUGGAAAUACUCUCUUCCAUCCUAAUACUCGCUACCAUUCAACAAGACUCCCCCAUCCAAAAGGUCUCUCUACCAUCCAUUAG